ACGAAACCGGGACUAUUAUUACUCUAAAACACGCUCCAUGCGGUGUUUAUCGACUUAAAAACGAGCUGUUAUAGAAGACGAGCAGGAAUAAGACGGUAAAGAUCAGUCUGAGUGUGUUUUUGAAGGGGAUAAAGCCAUGCCUUUGCCGAGAGGAAAGAAAGCUACAAGCACCGCAGGGAGCAGGUUACCCAAGCUGAGUGCAAAAGCGACUGAAAAUCAGGAGGAAGGCUCACAGGUCAAGAGGUCGACCUCUCCUCCUCAUGGAGCUCCGAAGAAGAGGACGGCCUUCAUCGACAUCACCAAUGCUCACAGCGUUCACAUCAGCCUUCCGGGCCGGAAGAAGGAAGCCGGGAAGAAGCAGGCGAAGAAAGCGAGCUCCACCUCCUCCUCCUCCGUCUCCACCAAGAAUCAUACCAACCUGAAGAAGUCUUCCUCUGUGAGCUCGGAGGGAACCACAGCUGAGAAAGAAAAGACAGAUGUAGAGGAGGAGGUGGUGGAGGUGAAGUUGGGGGAAGUGGAGGUGGAGGUGAAGGACGAGGAGGUGCAGAGCGAUGCGAUGGCUCCAGUAGAAGAGCUGGUAGCUGCUGCCGCCGCUGCGCCCCCUGCUGUCUGCGAGGUGCCGGCUCACCUGCUGAAACCACACAUCCCCGAGGAGUUUGACAUCGACUCUCAGAACACGGAGGAUUGUUUCAUGUGUCCCGAAUACGCCAAGGAGAUCUUUGACUACCUCAAACAGAGAGAGGAGAAGUUCGUCCUGUGUGACUACAUGCCCAAACAGCCGAGCCUCAACCCGGAGAUGAGGGCGAUCCUGAUCGACUGGCUGGUGGAAGUCCAGGAGAACUUUGAGCUGUACCACGAGACGCUGUACCUGGCCGUGAAGAUGACGGACCACUUCCUGGACCAGACUCCGGUCCACAGGGAAAUGCUGCAGCUCGUCGGCUCCACCACGAUGCUCAUAGCCUCCAAGUUUGAGGAGCGCAGCCCGCCGUGCGUCGACGACUUCCUGUACAUCUGCGACGACGCCUACAAGCGAGAGGAGCUCAUCUCCAUGGAGGCCAACAUCCUGCAGGCGCUGUCCUUCGACAUCAACAUCCCCAUCCCCUACCGCUUCCUCCGACGCUACGCCAAGUGUGUGAACGCCGGCAUGGACACGCUGACGCUCGCCCGCUACUUCUGCGAGAUGAGCCUGAUGGACAUGGACUUUGUGCCGGAGAGAGGGUCGCUGCUGGCGUCGGCCUGCCUGCUGAUGGCGCUGCUCACCAAAGACCUCGGAGGAUGGACUCCCAUCCUGCAGUUCCACUCCGGCUAUCAGACGUCAGAUUUGUCGCCGCUCGUCCGGCGGCUCCACGCGAUGCUGUCGGCUCCUCCCGACGACAAGCUGAGAGCCAUCAGGAACAAAUACUCACACAAGGUCUUUUUCGAGGUUGCAUCAUUGCCGUUGAUUGAAAGUGACGUUUUGGAGAGUGCUUUAUCUUAAUGAGAGGUUCGACCCCACCCCCCCCCCCCUCCCCUU